AUGGGUGUGUCCAUUGAGAUAUACAGACUAAGAAUUGGUUCGCAUAACAACUUUGUGCAAGCACGACAGUCCAUGAAUCAAAUGAAAGGUAAAUUUUGGAACCAUAUGUUAGUAAUGUUCUACUUAGAAAUAUUUUAUUUACCAUGCUUGAAAAAUCUAGUUACCAGGAUUGAAAGUAAUAAUGAAGUUUGCAUGUGGUAUACACAAAUGGUAUCUUAUCAUGUUUAUGUGCCAUUGCUAUUGAGGCUUGCAAAUGAUGUGGAGGAAAAUCCAGGCCCAAUUAAUAUCUAUGAUAUUGUUGAUCAUAGUUUUACGGUUCAAGCAGACUUCAACCAAGGUAAUAUAUCCAUGUUUGGCAUAAAUGCUGGAAAACAAUGUGUUGCCAUGUCAAUUUAUGCUAUUGUAUACAAUGAAAUAAAAUCUGUUAAUAUUUGGGAUACACCACUUAUGAACAUGCUUCUAGUUAAUGCAAACAAUCUUUAUGCCAUAAUUAGUCAGCACAUUCAGAAAGAUUUCUUGUUGCUCACUGAUGUUCCUGAAAUAUUGUCUAUCAACAAUGAUACUUUUAAUUUGGAGUACAGUGACUCUUUUUCUGGAGCAUUAUGGAUGGCUCGCAACAAUGAACCGUAUGUUACACUUGAACAUGCCUUUCAUGAAGUAUUUAAUACUGGUAAUUAUAAAGCAUGUUUACUUACUAUUCGAGCAAACACUGUUGCAGUUUUAAUGCCUUUCCCAGAUGUAUUCAAAGUUUUUGAUUCUCAUUCACAAGAUAUGCAUGGAAUGCCAGCGGCAAUGGGUUAUAGUGUUUUAGUUUCUAUUGAAGGAAUUCAAAACCUUAUAAGUUUUUUUCAUAACAGUUGUAACUAUCCUGGACAAAAUAGCGAAAAUAGUCUAUUUGAAUUGAAGGGUGUUAAAUGUCAUAGAAACAUUUCAUUGUCAAAUAGUUUGGAUAACGCAGCUAAUGACACAACAUCAAAUAACCAUGAACAACAAAGAAAACAACAAGAGUCUGUUGUAGAAAAAGAAAAUGGACUAAUUGCGAAGCGAAAGGAAAAAAGACAACAAGAGUCUGUUGUAGAGAGGGAAAACAGACUUGCAAAGCAAAGAGAGAAAAGAAAACAGGCAAAACAACAAGAAACUGUUUUAGAGAGGGAAAAUAGACUUGCAAAUCGAAGAGAGAAAAAAAAACAAGCAAAACAACAAGAACCGGUUGUAGAAAGAGAAAACAGACUUGCAAAGCUAAGAGAGAAGCAAAGAGAGAAAAGACAGCAAGAAACUGUUUCAGAGAGGGAAAAUAGACUUGCAAAGCAAAGAGAGAAAAGAAAACAGGCAAAACAACAAGAAACUGUUUCAGAGAGGGAAAAUAGGCUUCAAAACCAGCGAAAAGCAAGAAGGUUGAAAAGGCAAAAUGAAACUGUCAAACAAAGAGAGCAACGAUUAGCAAAAGCAAGAGCUAAUUAUAAGGAAAAUAAAAGUAGACAUUCUGGAAAAAACAAACAAUGUCCUGCAUCAGGUUCUCAAGGGCAUCUCAAUAAUGAUAACAGUAUAUCACAUAAUAGUGUAUCACAAUUGAUACAUAAAUUCCAUAAAUCUGUAUCAACAGGUCCUCUGUAUAUAUGUUCAUGCUGUGAUCAAUUAUGGUAUAAACAUAGUGUUUGUCCUGCUGAGAGACUUCGAUUGUCCAAUCCAAAUUCUGCUAAACAUCUACAAGGUAUUAAAAGUGUGGAUAAUAUUGAAUGGCUGUGUUUGAUGUGUGACAAACAUCUGAAAAAGGAUAAAGUGCCACCAUCUGCAAUUUCAAAUGGCUUGAAGUUUCCAGAAAAACCUGACUUCUUUGAUUUAAAUGAAUUAGAAUGCAGGCUUAUAGCUCCAAGAUUGGCAUUUCAAAAAAUAAUGCAAGCUCCGAGAGGACGGCAACUUAAAAUUACUGGUAAUGUUGUGAAUGUACCAGCAGACAUAUGUAAUACCGUUAACAUGCUACCCAGGUUACCACAAGAUACUGGGACUAUUAAAGUUAAAUUAAAACGUCGACUGCAAUAUAAGAGUUCUCCCUUGUCUUUGAAUGUGAGACCUAAUAAAGUGAUGCAAGCUGCAGCUUGGUUGGUAAAUACUAGUGAACUAUAUCGAGAACAAGGAAUAACUUUUGAUCAGCAUUGGUUAUCGUACUUUGAUGUUACAACACCUAGUGACAAUGAAAAUACUACAGUUGAUCAAAGUAAUUCGACAUCUUCAGAAGAUGGAGUGAAGAUGAAUGGAGUGAAGACGAAGCAGAAAUUCCUGCAGGUGUAA